GGCCAGUAUUUGCAGGAAGACGUGUUGAGGAUUGUUGAUAGUUCUUGGUGUUGUUCUUUGCUGUGAUGGAAAACAAGAAGAAACGUGUGGUUGCUCCCUCCGUGAAAGAGAAUGGCGUUGAAGAAAUUUCCAUGGAAAAUGAGGUAUCCACAAAUACAAACGCGCCGGAUAUCUUGCCUGGAUUUAAAACGAUGGACGAGUUUUUACAGACGGGCUUCCGAGCUGCGAUGGAGGCGACAAAGCUGGCGAACCGCCUACCGUCCGGUCACAAGUGGGACAUCUACACCAGCUACCCGUCCUUCCAGAGACUCAUGGAUGGUGAGGCCAACCAGAUGAUGCAGAUACUGUCGAUGAUACUCAGGCACCAGGGGAUCGGGGCAAACGUGGUGCACCGCGACGUGGAGGAGAAGUUCGACCUGGUGGUGGAGGCCAACGAUGCCAUCCUGGAGCGUGUGGGGCUGAACUUGGACGAGCUGGCGGGCAUCCGCCGCAACCCAGAGCCCGUGCUGCUGGAGGCGGCCAUCACGCGGCCGGUCAGCGCGCCCUGGAACAGCACCGCCGCCACUGAGGCCAGCCCAGUGGCUACGGUGGUGGGCUCCGGGCAGACGGUGCGUCUGCUCACUGCGCGCAACAUCGAGCGGCCGCAGGCCAAGUUCAAGGACAAGGUGGACAACUCGCCCGGCCCGUUUCAGCCGAUCCUCAAAUACAAGCCGAAUGCGAUAACGCCGUUCGCCAUCACGCUGGAGGUCACCGACGAGGGUGAGAGAUUCUGUCACCCGUACGAGUACGAGCUGGACCGCCUGCGUGUGCCGCCCCAGCAGCUGGAGCGUGUCCCCGCCCCCCAGAAGCCCCUCCCCGUGGACGAGACGCCGCUCGUCGUGGUGGAGCGCCCGGAGGAUGUGCACAUCAUGCUCGAGGACCUGCGCCGCUACACCGAAGUCGCCGUUGACCUUGAGCACCACUCGUACCGCAGCUACCAGGGCCUGACGUGCCUGAUGCAGCUGUCGACACGCGACACGGACUACAUUGUCGACACUCUCGCCCUGCGCUCUGACCUGCAGUGCCUCAAUGACGUCUUCACUGACCCCAAAGUCGUCAAGGUGCUGCACGGGGCGGACAGCGACGUGGAGUGGCUGCAGCGUGACCUGGGCCUCUACCUGGUGAACCUGUUCGACACGCACCAGGCGGCCCGUGUGCUGGGGCUGGCCCACCUGUCGCUCGCCUUCGUGCUCAAGCACUACUGCCACGUCACCGCCGACAAGCACUACCAGCUGGCCGACUGGAGGAUCCGGCCCCUGCCGGAGGAGCUGGUGAAGUACGCACGCGAGGACACGCACUACCUGCUGUACGUGUACGACCUGAUGAAGAAUGAGCUGCUGGAGCGCGCCAAUGGCAACACCAACCUGCUGCUCUCCGUCAUCCAGCGCUCCACCGAGAUCUGCAAGAAGCGGUACGAGAAGCCGGUGGUGACGGAGCACAGCCACAUGGAGCUGUUCCAGCGCCACAAGAAGCUGCUGGACAACCGACAGCAGUACGCGCUGCGUGAGCUCUUCCGCUGGAGGGACAAGAUGGCGCGCCAGGAGGAUGAGAGCAUCGGGUACGUGCUGCCGAACCACAUGCUGCUGCAGAUCUCGGAGGUGCUGCCACGCGAAAUGCAGGGCAUCCUCGCCUGCUGCAACCCCAUCCCGCCGCUGGUCCGCCAGCAUCUUAACGCCCUCCACCAGAUCGUCCUCAAAGCACGAGACCAGCCCCUCGUCCGGCCGGUGCUGGAGGAAGAGCGACUGGCACGGCCCGCCGCCCAGACGCAGUUCCUCAAGGCGAACCUGGAGGGCCCGCUGCUGUGCCCGCACGACCUGAGCCACGCGCCCGACUUCCGCGACGACCUGCCCUGCCUACUGGGAGCGGAGGCCGAGGGGCCGCAGCAGGACCAGCCUCUCUCGGCCGCCGCACCCGCCGUCACCGUGUUUGACGAUGCUGACGCGUGGGCCGAUGAAGCGGAGGAGGAACUGCCGGCGCGCGUAAAGCAGGUGCGCUUCGUCAGCCCGUACGCGCGCUACCUGCGCGUGCGGCCGUAUACGCAGGAGCUGGAGGCGGAGGCGGCGGCGGCAGCUGCAACCGCGGCAGAGGUGACGGCGCCGGAGACGGCGGUGGCAGACGGGACGGUCACCUCUACUCCCACAAAGAGGGAGGUCAUCAAAGACGAGGUGGACACCUCCACGGGCCCACCGACGCUCGACUCCCCAAAUGUGAGCGGUGCCUCCGGGGCGCCAGUUUCGUCACCAGAGGGUCCUCCAUCGCUCAAGAGGGAGAGGAAGCGUUCUCCCGACACGGAAGCGGACUCUGGUCAGAGGAGACCGAAGUACCAGCCGAUGCCAGAUCAGAUAACGAUCGAGAGUGCUGACAAUGACAGCCUGCUGCCUAGCGGCAAGAACAAGAAGAGGAGGAAGAAGAAGAAAGGGAAGGCAAAUGCGGCGGCCACACCGGCUGCAGCUGAUGCAAUGGGUGCGGGAAACGUAGAGAAGCAGACGGUCGUUGUGGACGGAGGCGGUGGAGGUGACCCGGAGCUGACGGGGCGGAGGCAGAGGAGUGUCGCCGGUCCGAAGCACCCGAGGGAUGGUGGAGGUGACAGAAGAAGUGGAGGCGGAGGUCCACUGGAGGAAGAGCUGCAGCCGACGCCACCGAAACAGAGAAAGUUGCAGCACCAGCAGCAGCCACAGCCGAUUCGCAGCCAGCGGGGUGACACGGCAGAAUCUGCGGGUCCGGUUGGCAGCAGAGGCCGUGGCCAGAGCCGAGGCCGCGGAAGUGGCAGGGGGCGGGGAGGCGGGCGCGGCUCGGGGGCUCCCGGCCCUUCCGAGGUCAGGAGUGGGGCGGAAUUCCGACCCUUCGACUACAGCCAGGUGGACUACCAGAGCCGCUUCAAGGGUGGCAGCAAGAGUGCAGGUGUCGCGAAGGACGGGGCCAACUCGAAGAGAGCCAAGGGCAAGAAAGGGAAAGCCAUGUUUGCCGGCAAGAUGAACCAGAAGAGCAUCACAUUCGCCAAGAAGCUGCUCUGAGUCUGGGGCGACUGACGUGUGCAACUCUGUACAGACUGUAACGAGGAAGCAUUUAUCCAUUGUUGUAUUGAUGUGUUUUUUAAUAAAAGUUUGGAGGAAAAUUAACUUUUCCUCUCAAAAGUGA